CCGCUUGCAUUUACGACGGUCGUGCCGCCCACACCGUCGCUCGUUGUGCUGCCGUUCCUCUUGCAUCGCUCGUCGACGACGACGCGCUUGACGCCGCACGGUGCGGCGGCCGGCCUCCGACAGCACUAGCGGGUGAUCUGUAGAUGCGCUGUGGGGUGCGGGGGUGGGGAAUCUGACACCCUUCGGAGAUUCUUCGCGGGAAAGGUACCUAAACCGAUCAGCUGUUCCCGAGACCGCCCUCCUAUCGCGUCGGGCUACGGCACCCGCCAGUCCGCUUCUCUUCUUGGACCCCCACGAUAUCCUCGCUCAGUCUCUGUAACCAUGGCUGGAGGUGCAGUUGCUGCCCCUCAGGGUAACGCGCACUUUGCGCAUCUGCUCCAUCCCGAGAGAAGGUGGUUCAACAACAGGCGACUAAUCAUCCUCAACGCAUGGAUCGUGCUCAUGCUCAUCACCUCCUCGACAAACGGCUACGAUGGAAGUAUGAUGAACGGUCUCCAGACGCUUGACCAGUGGACAAGCUACUUCAACAACCCAGAGGGCGGCACCCUCGGGGUUUUCAACGCCAUCCAGAACAUCGGAUCCCUAGCGGCGUACCCGUUCGCGCCCUUCGUUUCCGAUGGCAUUGGUCGCCGCCGCACCAUUUUCCUCGGUGCUGCCAUAAUGUGCGCCGCGACUGCUAUCCAGACCGCCGCGCAAUCUAUUGGCAUGUUCAUUGGUGCCAGGUUCCUCAUUGGCUUCGGUCUCACCUUCGCAGCCAAUUCCGCCCCUAUGUUGGUUACCGAGCUCGCCUACCCGCCAUACCGCGCGCAGCUGACCUCCCUUUACAACUCCCUAUGGUACUCCGGCGCCAUCGUCGCGGCGUGGACCACGUACGGCACAUUCAAGAUCAACUCCAGCUGGUCAUGGCGCAUCCCCUCCGCCCUCCAGGGCCUCCCAUCCGUCUUCCAGGUCAUCCUCAUCCUUUUCGCACCCGAAUCGCCUCGUUGGCUUGUCAGCAAGGGUCGCGAGGAUGAGGCCCUCAAGGUCCUUGCCUACUACCACGCCGACGGCGACGAGACCGACGGUCUCGUUCGCUACGAGCUUGAGGAGAUCAAGGCUGCCAUCGAGUUCGACCGCACCGUGGCGGCCAACGUUGGCUACAAGUCUCUCUUCACCUCGCCAGGCAAUCGCAAACGCAUGCGGAUCAUCAUCGCCAUCGCGUUCUUCUCUCAGUGGUCCGGAAACGGCCUUGUCUCCUACUACCUCACCAAGGUCUUCGACACCAUCGGUAUCACCAGCAAGACGAUCCAGCUGCUCAUCAACGGUAUCCUUCAAAUUUGGAAUCUGUGCUGGGCCGUAUUUGCGUCAUUCAUGUGCGAUCGUGCCGGUCGUCGCGCGCUUUUCUUGAUCUCCACUGCCGGCAUGUUCAUCGGAUUCCUGUUCCAAACGGUGUGCUCUGCCCAAUUCGCAAUUCAUGGCACGGAGUCCGCGGCGCACGCCGUCAUCGCCUUCAUCUUCAUCUUCUACGCGUUCUACGAUCUCGCGUUCACGCCUCUCAUCGUAUCAUAUACCGUGGAGAUUUUGCCCUUCCCUAUCCGUGCCAAGGGCUUCAACGUGUUCAACUUCGUCAUCUCCCUCGCCCUCAUCUUCAACCAAUACGUCAACCCGAUCGCCCUCAAGCACCUCGCGUGGAAGUAUUACAUCGUUUACGUCGUCUGGAUCGUCUUCGAGUUCUUCUUCUGCUACUUCUUCAUCGUCGAGACGAAGAACCGCACGCUCGAGGAGACCGCCGCGCUAUUCGACGGCGAUCAAGCGGCCGCGCACAUUGUUGGCCACGCCAGAUCGGGAACAUGCGGAGCGAGCUCGUUCCAUGCAGAGACGCAUGGAAGGCCGCAAUCUCUCUAUGUAAGCAUCGGUUAG